AUCAUUUCUUAUCUCUUCCAUUUGUUGUUGUGAUUUUUGGCGAAAAUCAUGAGUUUCGAUGAUCAGUUUCCUGAAAUGGAAACCUUCUUGAACAAGGAAUUGCCAUCUUUUAGUUAUGGAAUCCCAACAGCUUCAACGUUUUUCAGCAAUCCAAUCGCUUGGGAUUCUUCAUCACCAUCACCAUCUUCAUCUCUUUCAUCAGUUGCAGUUUCUGGUGUUCACCAAGCUUCUCCAUCAAUGGUGGCCACGUUGUUUUUGCAGGAACCGACGAUGUUUGGUCCAUUGAAACCGGUCGUCGACUCGAUUAUCGAAAACCCACCAUCGCAGGUGCCUCAACAAUGGCUUGGAAUCAAUCGAAACUUCACCAAUCGUCAAUCCAAUAAAGGUUUGAGUGACUAUUGGCUCAGCAGCACCAAGACUUGCCCCAUGAAGCACAGUGGAACUGGACGAAGAUUUCAAAGCCGGCACCAAAAGGGCUAUUCAUCACCAGGAAAACUAUUCCGAGGUGUGAGGCAAAGACAUUGGGGGAAAUGGGUGGCCGAAAUAAGGUUGCCGAGGAAUCGGACUCGGGUUUGGUUAGGGACUUUCGAGACCGCCGAAGAAGCCGCCAUCGCAUACGAUACUGCAGCUUACAUAUUGCGGGGAGAAUACGCACAGCUGAAUUUUCCGGAUCUCAAGGAUCAAGUGAUUGCCAAUUCUUUGAAUGGGAACACCGCUGCUCUUCUCGAAGCUAAGUUGCGGGCGGUAUCGCAAAAGUCUGGUCUUGAUCCGUCUACGACAGCGACAUCAAUGCCGGCGGAGAAAGUUCCGGAUUUGGACCGGAAUACGGUAGAAACUUCGGAGGUUUUAUCGUCGGAUGUUGACGGUGUACAGUUGAGUAGAUUGCCGUCCUUGGACAUGGAUAUGAUAUGGGAUGCUCUUUUGGUCUCAGAUACAUGACAUUUUUACCUUGAUUUUUCUAUUCAUUUGAAUAGA